GUGUGUGUGUGUGUGUGUGUGUGAUGCUGCAGCUCCUGUAGUCUCUUCAGUCUCCAGUAAACAGCAGUCAUGGCGACAGUGGUCCAACCGCUCACACUGGAUCGAGAUGUUGCCAGGGCCAUCGAGCUGCUGGAGAAGCUGCAGGAGUCAGGCGACGUUCCCGGACACAAGCUGCAGUCGCUGAAGAAGGUCCUUCAGAGCGAGUUCUGCACCGCCAUCAGAGAGGUGUAUCAGUACAUGCAUGAGACAAUCACAGUGAACGGCUGUCCGGAGUACCAGGCGCGGGCCACGGCCAAGGCCACGGUCGCAGCCUUCGCAGCCAGCGAGGGUCACUCCCACCCACGGGUGGUGGAGCUGCCCAAGACGGAGGAGGGCCUGGGCUUCAACGUGAUGGGUGGCAAAGAGCAGAACUCGCCCAUCUACAUCUCCCGCAUCAUCCCCGGGGGCGUGGCCGAGCGGCACGGCGGCCUGAAGCGGGGAGACCAGCUCCUGUCUGUCAACGGCGUGAGCGUGGAGGGCGAGCACCACGAGAAGGCGGUGGAGCUGCUGAAGGCGGCCAAGGACAGCGUGAAGCUGGUGGUCCGCUACACCCCCAAAGUGCUGGAGGAGAUGGAGGCGCGCUUCGAGAAGCUGCGCACGGCCCGGCGGCGCCAGCAGCAGCAGCUCCUCAUGCAGCAGCAGCAGCAGCAGAACCUGGCGUCGCAGCAGAACCACAUGUCGUAGGUUGUUCCAGAAGAAGGAGGAGUGAGGAGGAGUGGAAAAAGUCGGAUCUCAAAAGACCAUCUUGUUUAUCCUGCGGAUCCCAAAGGAAAUCUUCCGCCGCGGCGGAGGGAAAAAAAACCAACAAGCAGAAGACUCUUUUACUCUCUCUGUCUCUUUCUUUCCAACCUUCCAGUGUCCCGCCGCCGCCGCUUACUGAGCAGAAACAAAGAGAGCGUUCGUCCUGAAAUCUGGUGCUUUGACAGAACACAGAGCGGGGAAGUCUGAGGCGCACUCCCAAAGUCACCCGCUCUGACUUCGGAUCUCCUUUUUGCAACUUCUUUGGUGUUUUGUUUCACCUCCUCCAUUCGGCCAUGGUCUCCGUCCGUCCUGUGGCGUUUCUCUUCCCUCCUCCACUGGUGCUCGUGUCUCCGUAGCAACCACCCUUCAUUUCCUUUCUUUGAUUCUUCUUCUUCUUCUUUUUUCGUUCUUCUUUUCUUUAUUUGUGUCCGACUCGUCCUGUUUUGGAGAAACGUGAACUCUUUUUUACCUUCUAUAUUGUAGCAAGAAAAGAUUUUGUACCUUGUAGGGUUAGCAAUAACACACACACACAUACACAGUUUGUCGACCGCUUGAAAUCCACACACGCAGUUGAGAAUUUUCCGUGUAGAUUGAUGUAAAUCUGGUCUUUAUGCACUGUCAGGCAGCUUCCGGGUCCUCUGUGCCAUUUUCAAGAGAUUAGAGAUUCACCGGCGGCGCCAACAAUUAACGUGCAAUAACGCCGAUUAAUGGAGCCGCUUCCCUCCGCAAAUUAAUCAAGAAGAUUUAGGAAAUGUUAACCGUGUCCCGUUCCCGACAGAGUAACGGAAUGUCAUCAGCCUGAGAUUUAUAUGAAAAAAUAAAUAAAUAAAUGAAUAUAUAUAUAUAUGCUAGAAUUACGAUGAUUUUAUCAGAGAUUUAACGUAGAGCUUUAUUGUUUCACAGAUGUGCAGAUUAUUAUUUAGAGUCUAUCCCUUGUAAAAGAGCUGAAUAUUAGUUUGUGUGGUUCUGUUUUUUGGUGUUUUUUUUUUUUUUUUUUUUUUUUUUUUUGCCCAGCGUUGCCAAGCAGGAAAUUAAAGAUUAUCGUCAAAAUAAAAGCAUAUUCCAGGAAAUGCUUGUGCUUCAGUCAUAACUGAAAUAAAACGAUCAGGAAUUUGGGAUUAUUGAUGGACAGAAGCUGAAAGAUGGAUAAUCCUUUCAGGCCUGGCGACGCUGGUUUUGGACAAUCAUGGUGAGAAUGUUUAAGCCGGCGUUAAAGUUUGUUUCUUCGGUGUUUAUCGAGGCGGUUCCUGAACUGCAGGGUGGAGGUUUUAGAUUUCAGCGCUGCUGCUCCGUAUCGUGAUUCUUCUAAAGCUCGCUUUAACGUCCUUCUGUGUCUUUUGUUGAUUUUCGUUUGUUUUCUGUUGCUUUUUGUUUUUCUUUGAAAAACCACCACAAAACUGAAAAAAGGAAAAAAAAGUCGUCUCUUCCUGAAGUUCACUCAGAAUUGUUAAUAUAAAAGUCGGUCAUGUUGAAAAAGGUGCUUUCUUUUUUUAAUUAAACUCAAUUUUCAUGUUAUCUGGUUUAAGCCACGUGUAAUUGCACAAUUUAAAACCCAGAAAAAUAGAGAAAUGUUCUGCGAAAGCCCAGAAGAAAACCCUGUUAGUACCGAAGUCGGUUUGUAUCCGGUAACCUUAAAGGUGCAGAACGUAAAAAAGAGGCUCCAGUCUGUCCAGUCUCACAUUCUGAUUAUUUUUCUUAUUUUUGGUUGUUGUUGAGUUCACUAUUCGAUGGUCGGUGUUUGUUUUUGGACUGGGGACAGACUGGAUGCUAAAGCUAACCUGCUAGCUCCAGCUUCAUCUCACUGGUUUUAAACGUUCUGUAUCUUUAACGAACGGGUUUGAAAUGAUAUUUAAACAUUUUCACCCCUUCGCUCACUCAAAGCAGAACAUCUCAACACUAAAAAGACCCUUUUUGUAUCUCAAAAUCACAGGUACUUUUUUCUUAAUUGACUUGCAUUUUUGAAGCUGAUGGUCCUGUAUUUAUCGUAAAAGAUGAAAAAAGAAAACAACAACAACAAAAAUGUUGAUAUGCAAUUGUGAUACAUACUAUAUUUGUAUAAAUAAAAUCUAUGUGCUUGUGUACAGUGA